GCUAUUUGGCAGACGGCGAGAGCUCCGGUAAGCGCACGGAAUGGCUGAAGGUGGGCAAGAGCAUGCGACAACCGAACCGCAAGCAGAAGCUCAGGAAACAUGCAGGGUAGUGCACGCACUUCGCGGAGGCAAAAUACAGAUGCAGGAAGCAGCAGUGAAGCCUCCAGGUGAGGGUGAAGUACGAGUGAAGGUGGAGGCAUGCGGCGUGACUGCAGCCGACUGGCAAGUACGUCAUGGACAGUUGAAAUUGUCUACACCGCCGUUCGUUCCCGGCUUUCAGUGCGCAGGGACCGUCGACGCAGUCGGCGACAACGUGCAAUCGUUAGAGGUCGGGCAACGCGUUGUGGUCGUUCAUUCUUUGAGUUGUUGGGUGGAACGACUUGUGGUGCCGGCGACGGACGCUUAUGCAAUACCCGAAUCGCUGACGUUCCAACAGGCUGCCGGAUUGGCGUUUGACUAUAUUACCGCGUAUUUGACACUUCACCGUCACGCCAACCUUCAGAAAGGACAGUCCGUGCUGAUUCACCGGGCUGGUGGUGGAAUAGGAUUCGCUGCGACGCAGUUAGCAAAGAAUGUCCCAGAAGUUGUCGUAUUUGGUAUUGCUCCGGAGCCCCAACACGACGUAGUCAAAGAGAAUGGCGUCGAUCACCCUAUUGAUGUCCGAGUUCCAGAUUAUGACCGAAUAGUUCGAGAGACGGCUACCGAUGGUGUAGAAGUCGUAGUUGAGUCUGCCGCUGGCAAAGACUUAAAAAAGGGACUCAAUCUUCUGAAGCCUCUUGGUACACUGGUUAUGUACGGCUCCGCUAGUUCAGCAGGGGGCGGUUUGUUCAGUGCAGCUAAACAAAAACUGGGUCCAGCCACAAAGUUUGAGGGAUCUACUCUUAUUGAUGGCAACAAGAGUGUGGCUGGAGUGAAUGUUGUGCCUCUAAUUGGCACUGAUUUGAGUAGGGAGAUCAUCAAGGAGCUGCUCAGUUUGUGUGAGCAGGGAAAACUUAAGCCCAGAGUGGAUUCAGUUUUUUCUUUCAGGAAUGUUGCUGAUGCUCAGAAGAAAGUUCACGAUGGAGCUAACGUUGGGGCAGUUAUUCUUGUUCCAGUAAUAGAGGAGGAGGAAAAGGCUGUACAAGAUGCAAAACAGAAAGCUGAAGCCGAGAAAGCUGAGAAGGCAGCGAGGAAGUCUGUUCGAAAGAACAAGGGUGGUAGUACUAGUUCUAAAUCUGAUGGAGAGGCUAAAGCAGAAAAUGAAGAGAAGGGAGGUGAUGAGGAGAAACCAAAUAGUGACGAGAAACCAUCUGAAGACAAACCGACUGAUGAUGGAAAGGCAGAUGGAGAUAGUAAGCCUGAAGAGGCAGCCAGUGGUGAAGCAGACAGCAAGCCUGCAGAGACGACUGCUGGAGAGACUGAUAAGGAAAAGGUAGGCAAACCAGCAGAAGUGAAGACGGAAGAUGGAGAGGCAAAGCAGGAAGACGGGGAAGCAAAAGCUGAUGAAACGGCAGCUUGAACACAAAGAGAAGUUGUGUUGAUGCACUGGUAGUUAUGGUUCGUAGCAUUGACAACUUGGUCACUAAGCUGACUAGGUAUAUCCCCAUGUUACUGAGGUAAAAAUGAGAGGUCACUAUUUGAGCGUUCAGCGAUUAAAUUGAAGUUUAGCAAUUCA